UACUUCCGGGUGACGUUUUUCCGGCGCCGGCUUGUGCUGAUCUCAGCUCUGUGGAAAUAUGGUUCUGCUCGAGAGUGAACAGUUUCUCACUGAGCUGACGCGAUUGUUCCAGAAAUGCCGAACAACAGGAAGUGUUUAUAUAACCCUGAAGAAAUAUGAUGGUCGAACAAAACCAGUUCCUCGAAAGGGACAAUCUGAAAGCUUUGAACCAGCGGAUAAUAAAUGUCUUUUGAGAGCUACUGAUGGAAAGCGGAAGAUUAGUACAGUGGUCAGUUCAAAAGAUGUAAACAAGUUCCAGAUGGCAUAUUCCAACCUUCUACGAGCUAAUAUGGAUGGACUUAAAAAGAAGGACAAGAAGAGUAAAAGUAAGAAAGCUAGUGCAGCGCAGUGAAUGGACUAAGGGCACCCCUUUUAUCUCUAACUUGGCUGCCUCUUCCAAUGCCUGGGAACUCAAAAGAAAACAUGGGUGGAAAAGCUCUAGAUGGUACUCACCUACUUGGCUGGAUUGCAGUGGCUACUGCUGCCUCUUUAAAUUUUAUUUUGUAAAACAAUUUCCUUACAUUUUGGUUGUCAAGACAUGUAUGAAUAUUUCAUUAAAAUUGAUUCUGUAUUACAGA